GGGGAAGGUAUUUUGGCGGCCACGCCGCCUGGCGUCUGGUCCAGUGGCCUCACCAGCGAAGCCCCCCUACCUCCCAUCCCCAAUCGCCCGAUUUCCCCCAGUUUUCCCUCCUUUCGCCCUCGUCGCCGCUCUCCCCCCGCCAUCAUGCCCGUCCGCGCCCAGUUCGAGAACAGCAAUGACAUCGGUGUCUUCGCCCGCCUGACCAACGCCUACUGCCUGGUCGGCAUCGGUGCCUCCGAGAACUUCUACAGUGUCUUCCAGGCGGAGCUCGGCAACAGCAUCCCCCUGGUGCGCACCACCAUCGCCGACACCCGUAUUGUCGGCCGCAUGACCGUCGGCAACCGCCACGGCCUGCUCCUGCCCAACAGCACCACCGACCAGGAGAUGCAGCACAUUCGCAACUCCCUGCCCGACUCCGUGCAGAUCACCCGCCUUGAGGAGCGCCUUUCGGCCCUCGGCAAUGUGAUUGCCUGCAACGACUACGUGGCCCUGGUCCACCCCGACAUCGACCGCGAGACCGAGGAGAUCAUCAUCGACACCCUCAAGGUCGAGGUCUUCCGCCAGACCGUGGCCGGCGAGGUCCUCGUCGGCGCCUACUGCGUCCUCAACAACAACGGUGGUCUGGUGCACCCGAACACCUCGAUCGAGGACCAGGAUGAGCUGGCGUCCCUGCUGCAGGUUCCCCUGCUGGCUGGUACCGUGAACCGCGGUUCGGCCGUCCUCGGUGGCGGCCUCAUCGUCAACGACUGGGCCUCCUUCGCCGGUGCCAUCACCACCCCCAGCGAGAGCGCCGUCAUCGACUCGGUCUUCCAGUUCCAGGACUCCGGCCACACCUCGGCCGUCAACGACGCCUGGGUCCGCGACAGCCUCAUCGACAGCAUGAACUAAGCGGGGAUGGCCGUGCCUUCCCUCUAUUUUUUCUUUGCCGUCCAUGCGCGCGGCACCCCGCGCGUGUGUGGGCGUGCGAGGGUAUAUUUGCGCGCACGCGCGUGCACCUACAGGCGAAAUCGCCUGCGGGGGCUGGCCGGCGGCCGGGCGCCACCACGACGCGCGUGUUUGUCUGUGUGUGUGUCUGUGCGCCCCGGUGGCGGCGCCAUAUAUCCUCUCACUCUCUUCCCCCUACUUCUCCGGUAUCUUGUCCUUGUUCCUCUCGCUCUCUCCCUCCCGUUGUUUGUCCUAUCCCCUCCCCUUCUCUCCCGGACGCGGAAUGCGGGGAGCUUCUUCUCCCUAAGCCUAGAUCCCCCCCCCCCCUGUACACAAUAUUCAAUCCAGUCCUUGCGCUCUCAC